AUGCAGAUCAUCCUAAAAUUAUGUCUUGUUCUUGUUACAAUUAGUAAAAGUUUACGCUGUUGGACGAUUUCUGGAUGUCCAGCAUAUGGGUGUCGUCCGUCUGGAACAUUUUCUUUUUUACUACAGCUUCCAUCGUCAAAACCGAAAGUUACCUGGAACACUACGUUUGGACCCGUAUGGAACUCUUUAGGAUGUGUUGGAAAUAUAAAUAAUAUUGUGUGCCCUUACAGAGGCUUGAGAAUACAAGGCUAUGUAGCUAUAGAUAAGUCGACUGGAAAACAAAUAUGGUACGGUGAUGCUCUUUGGAAUCCAACACUUCCGGUAAUGGACAUACAGGGUGGCAUCAUUGGGACGGAUGGUCAUAAUCUGGUAAAAUAUGAGGCAAACGGAACUCAAGACAAACCCUCAAUACCUAUAGCACCAUUUCUGUAUCCUGUAUUUAGUGUACAACUAACAGAAAAUGAUGGCAUACCUGUAGCUUCUUUACCACUUCCAGGUACAUUUGACCAGGUAAAAGGUAAAUUUAUACCUGUUUCUACACCUGUUAUUGUGGAAAACCGUGUUUAUGUCUUAACAGAAUUUAAGCCAACAAGUGAUACUGAAGCCAAGCCUAAUGUUGUUAGAAUACAAAGACUUUACGCAAUCGAUGUAUUUCUUAGAAUGGUUGACAGACUCCAUAUAUCUUGGUACUUCGACUUUGAGAUAGAGACAGACAUUUUAGCAAAACAUAAGAAUGGCGACACUUUAAUUUUCGAUUUAAAACAGAGCAAACAAUUAAACGAAAACAAUGAAAAGGUCCUACGAUUUAAAUCUAGAAAACAGAAGAUUGAUGACGUUCAAGGUGAUCCUCUAAUCAUGGCGGAUUCUCAACGACAUUCUGUUUACGUCAUUUUACCCUCACCGGAAGGUAAAACUGAUUCACAAAGAACUUUCUGGGCUAUCAAGGAUAACGGUGACAGUUCAAGUCUGUCGUAUAAAAGAUUUAUACCUGCAUCACGAAUGGCAAUGUAUGAAACAAAUGGAUCGGUUAUAAAUAGAAAGCAAAAGGAGGAAAAGAAUUUACAGGAAAAUACAGCUUCUAGAUCAAGUACAUUAAGUAAGACUACCGAAAUCCCAGUUUGGCUUUUAGCUCAGAAAAAUAAUUUUAUUCACAAAGUUAUACCACUAAAUGGAUCUGUGGAAACUACUUUAAACUUAUCCACUAUACUUGGAGGUGAAGCCGAGGUGACUUCAGACAUUAUGGUAUCCCGAAAGGGUGACAAUGAAAUGGACAGUUUAAUAUUUGGAGUCACAGUUAUGGGAUCAAUAAACCAUAAUUUAGUCGUGUCAUUACAUGCAAGAGGUGAUAUACAAUGGAAAAUAAAAACGCCAUUUAACGUUUCUGUAAUCGGACAAAUCGCUGGCAUAGCAUCAGAGGGAGCCAAUUCGGAUGAUAUGCUUGUUGCAUUUGGUUAUGGAAGUUCAUUUUCACAAUCAGUUGUUUUUGGAAUACAAUAAAUAAACCCAAUAAAUAUUAUGAACAGUGUCUACUUUCAAAAUGAUAACGAACGAGGAACAGAAUCAGUUUUAACACAAUAAAGCAAAAGAAAACAGAAUCAAUAAACAAAACCAGAUGUAUAUUUUGUGCAAAUAAUAUACACACCGUAGUGAAUAAUACAUUUUAUAGAGUACACUCAACAGCAUCAAAGGAGAACAAUCAAUAUCUACGUCGAGCAUAUGAUAUUUUGUUGAACAUCUAUAGCUAAAAGAUAUCCGUACAUUCUGAUACAUAAAAUAUGUUCAAUAGCAUUUACAACAGCGAAUUAUACAUUCUGGUUGGAGUUCGUUUUUAAAAGUGAUUCGUGCGUUAUUCUACAAUCUACAAUAAGGUUAUUUUUGUUAUUUUAUAAUUUGAUUUCUUAAAAAAAUAAUUCAUUAGACAUCUUCAUUUAUCAUUAAUUCAAGUACAAAUGUAACAUAUCACACAGAGGAAGACAGAGACACAUGAAAGAGACAAAACACAGAUAUAUCACCUCCCUUUAUUAACCUUUAAUCCAGAAAAGCGCUUCCGGCGCAUAAAAUUUUUAAAGUGUUGUUUUCAUUAUUUUUGUGUGUGACUAUGCUAUUUUGCAGAGUGGCCUAAACUGCUGGAAACCCAAUUUGAACACAAAUCUAGUUGAGAAGCUCAAGAUGCAAAUCUAUAAUAGUUGGGCUGAAUGUAAGAUGUAUACUAGUCAUAUAUACUCUGCCAAAUAGCCUAUACAAAAUAUAGCUUAUGUUUAACUCAUUUAUAUACGGUAUCAAUAUAAAAGGAAGGGCAUUUCAUUGUUUCGGAAAUUACUACAUUGUAUUUUAUCAAUGACAACAGGCAAUUGUAUGUUCAAUUAUUACACAUUAUUUCCGAUAAAAAUUGUUUUUCUCAAAUUUUAAA